AUAUAUAUAUAUCUCGGCCGAUAUAUAUAUAUAUAUAUCGGCCGAGAGAUCUUUAAGAAAGGGAGGGAUCGAGGCAGUGCUGCCUUUGGCCACAGGGGGGCAGUAUAUCGAGGAGUUGCCGCGUCCGUGGCGCCUUAUCUCUGCAGGCAGAGGCUAGGAUAAAGUUAUACCGAAAACUUUAAAAUUGAUAUCACACCCUAAUUUGUGUUCUACAGGGAGGGGGAGAAAAAAAAAGAGCUCAAAAACACACCGGGCUCUGCUUACACCAUGAGAAGGGGAGCUCUUGGCGGCGUUGUGGGCUCGCCCUACAUUCAGCGGGGGGAGUUGUUGCUGUGUCUUAGCCGGAGGUCAUGCAAAUCGACCUUAAAAGAAUGCAUAAGCCAUAAAUUAAAAUAAACCCCGUAGCCACGGACUGAUCCGUAAGUAGGCAACAAUACCUAACCUGGACAAAACGGCUUUCCUUGCCAGCUGGAAGAAAAGGAUAGCGCCUAAAGUAACCGUAAAAUAAGUUUCAUGAAUUCAAAAGAAACUUACAGUGAAUUCUGGGUACCUGGAUUUGUUUUCUAGUGUAUUUGCCUGUUAGCUGCCGUCUUGCUAUUUUCAUUUCUGAUGACAACUAUCACGGAACACUGCUAGAGCACAGAGUCAGCCUGUGACGGGGCCAGAUCACAAAAAGGUACUUGACUUUAAAGGAAAUAUGAUUCUAUGACCAAGAGCUUGUAUACAAUGAAAAUAAGUAUUUCUCCUAUUAAAACACCAAUCUUUCAAGAAGAAUGUCUUCCAAGCAGGCCACCUCUCCAUUUGCAUCUGAUGGAGAGGGAACAACAACCCAGGACUUAGCAUCACAGGAGCAAGAAGAAGACAACAAUGAAGAACUUGUCGCUUCCCAUCUGCCUCUGCACACCAUAUUGCACAACAAACCUCACUCUGAAGAGCUCCCAGCUCUAGUCACUACAAUUCAACCAGACUCAGACUGGAACAGUGUUAUCUCAACUCAGCAUAGGAUGGAGUCAGAAAAUAAUAAGUUAUGUUCCUUAUAUUCCUUCCGAAAUACUUCUACCUCACCACAUAAGCCCGAAGAAAGUGGUCGUGAUCGCAAUGAGCUAAUGACCAGUGUUAAUUUUGGAACUCCAGAACGCCGCAAAGGAAGUCUUGCCGAUGUGGUGGACACUUUGAAACAGAAGAAACUAGAAGAGAUGACGAGAACUGAACAGGAGGAUUCAUCUUGCAUGGAAAAACUACUUUCUAAAGACUGGAAAGAGAAAAUGGAGAGAUUAAACACAAGUGAACUCCUUGGAGAAAUAAAAGGUACACCUGAAAGCUUAGCAGAAAAAGAACGACAGCUCUCGGCCAUGAUUACCCAGCUCAUCAGCUUACGGGAGCAGCUUCUGGCAGCCCAUGACGAGCAGAAAAAGCUGGCAGCAUCACAAAUUGAAAAACAGCGGCAGCAAAUGGAUCUUGCUCGCCAACAGCAAGAACAGAUUGCAAGACAACAGCAGCAACUUCUCCAGCAGCAACACAAAAUCAAUCUCCUGCAGCAGCAAAUUCAGCAGGUUCAGGGUCACAUGCCUCCUCUCAUGAUCCCAAUUUUUCCACAUGACCAGCGGACAUUGGCAGCGGCUGCAGCAGCCCAGCAGGGAUUCCUUUUCCCCCCAGGAAUAACUUAUAAACCCGGUGAUAACUAUCCUGUGCAGUUCAUUCCAUCAACAAUGGCAGCUGCUGCUGCUUCUGGACUCAGCCCUUUACAGCUCCAGCAACUCUAUGCCGCUCAGUUGGCCAGCAUGCAGAUAUCGCCUGGCGCCAAGAUGCCUUCCACGCCUCAGCCGCCAAAUACGACAGGGACGCUCUCACCAACCGGGAUGAAAAAUGAAAAGAGAGGGACCAGUCCUGUAACUCAAGUUAAGGAUGAUGCUGCACAGCCACUGAAUCUCUCUGCUAGACCCAAGACAGCAGAACCUGUCAAAUCCCCGACGUCGCCAACGCAGAGCCUCUUCCCUACGAGUAAAACCAGCCCUGUGAAUGUGGCCAAUAAAAGUGGAAUCCCCAGUCCUAUUGGCAUGACUCUGGGAAGAGGAUCCUCUCUAGACAUCCUUUCCAGUCUUAACUCACCUGCCCUAUUUGGGGACCAGGACACUGUAAUGAAAGCAAUUCAGGAGGCUCGAAAGAUGAGAGAACAAAUCCAGCGGGAGCAGCAGCAACAGCAGCAACCACAUAUUGAUGGAAAGCUUCCCAACCUGAAUAAUAUGGGCCUAAACAACUGUAGAACCGAAAAGGAGAGAACACGCUUUGAGAAUUUAGGCCCACAUCUAUCAGGGAAGCCCUGUGAAGAUGGAAAGCUAGGUCCAGGAGUCAUUGAUCUUACAAGGCCAGAAGAUGCAGAGGGAAGUAAAGCAAUGAAUGGCUCUGCAGCUAAACUACAGCAGUAUUAUUGUUGGCCAACAGGAGGUGCUACUGUGGCUGAAGCGCGAGUCUACAGAGAUGCCCGGGGACGAAGCAGCAGUGAGCCGCACAUCAAACGACCAAUGAAUGCUUUCAUGGUUUGGGCAAAGGAUGAACGCAGGAAAAUUCUUCAAGCUUUUCCUGACAUGCACAACUCCAACAUUAGCAAAAUUCUUGGUUCCCGCUGGAAAUCCAUGUCAAACCAAGAGAAACAACCUUAUUAUGAAGAGCAAGCACGAUUAAGUAAAAUCCACCUAGAAAAAUACCCUAAUUACAAAUAUAAACCCAGACCAAAACGCACUUGCAUUGUUGAUGGCAAAAAACUGCGCAUUGGAGAAUACAAACAACUAAUGAGAUCUCGACGACAGGAGAUGAGGCAAUUUUUUACCGUAGGGCAACAGCCUCAGAUUCCAAUUGCCACAGGAACAGGAGUGGUCUAUCCUGGUGCUAUUACUAUGGCAACUACUACGCCAUCGCCUCAGAUGACAUCUGAUUGUUCCAGCACUUCUGCUAGUCCUGAGCCCAGCAUCCCUGUCAUUCAGAGCACUUACAGCAUGAAGACGGACAGUGGGAGCCUUGCUGGAAAUGAAAUGAUAAACGGGGAAGAUGAGAUGGAAAUGUACGAGGACUUUGAGGAUGACCCCAAAUCAGACUAUAGCAGUGAAAACGAAGCCCAUGAGGCGGUCGCUGCCAACUGAGGAUGUUUGCUGAAUUACUCUGACUUUGUUUUCUUUUCUUUCUUUUUUUUGAACAAAAAGUUCUUAAAUGAGCCUGCAUGCAUGUAUGGCUCCUUCAGUUACAUCUGCAGAAUGGUCUUAAAUGUUUCUUAUUGUGUGACACAGAUUGUUUCCUAAUUUUCAUGAACUUUUUUUAAAAAAAUUUAGGUGAAGACAUUAAGUAUCAGACAUUGGGGACUUGAAAACUGAUAUGAAUCAAUUGUUCUCUUACAAGUCUUCUCUCUCUCUCUCUCUCUCUCUCUCUCUCUCUCUCUUCUUUCCUCUUCCUGGAUGCUGAUAAAAAAAGGUUUAAGUUACUGUUUUAAUGGGGGUUUUACAUUCUCACUCAGGUAUGCUGUGCCAGCCUACAGAUUGUGAAUGUGUUUUUAUUCUGAAUUAUUUGAAAAACAAAACAAAAAAACCCUGCAAAUUUCCUAUCAUGAAACAGAACAAGUCCUAAGCGUGUACAUCUAUCUGUAUUAGCUCACCCUUUUUAAAAUAAGGUCUCUAAAUUCUUUUUUUUUCCUCCUUAGAUAUAGCUAACUUUCUGAUGUGCCAAACUUUCCUAACUUCUGAAUCUUAAUAUUUAAAAAAAAAAAAAAAGUCUUAAGGGAGACACUGUAAAGUCUUAGACAAUCCUUUGGCAUCUUAAAAAUACUGAUAUAUCUUAAAAGAAAAUCCUACUUUUUCCAGAAAAUUGUAAAAUACUCAGGAAUCUGGAGACAGGAUAUUGCUUAAAAAGUGAAUAUGAUUGCUACAAUGCACUUGUUCAAUUGCUUCUGCCUCUUGAUGUACCAUCAGUGUGAAACAUAAGUAAGCACAACAGAGUGAUCACCGGCUAAGACAGGCCUGUCUUAGCAAUGUAAGCCCACCUUCAAGUCAUUCUCUGCCCCUUUGCUUUGAAUUCUUAUAUUCAGUCUUAAUUACAUUUGGUCUUAAUGUAUUCAUUCCAGAAUGUCAGGGGGCCAUGCAGUAAAAAAAAAAUAAUUCAAAUGUAUUGUUGUAAUGGCAUUAUCAUUUGUUUGCCUUUUAUUUCUUCUAAAGAGCCCUUCCCCCUAAAAGUGUGUGGUAUCUUAAAAAUAAUGAGGCACUUAAUAUUGGAAAGGAAUAACUCUCUCUUUCUCUCUGUCUCUCUCACACACGAGGAAAUGUGUUUCUACAUGUCAGAAACACUUGGAAAAAUGCUAUUAUUAGUAGAAUAGUAUCAUAACAGGAGAGUAUACAAUAUUUAUCUACUAUGCUGUUUCUUUUUAGGAUAAUUUGUGAGGCUUCCCUAAAGUACUUCUGUUUUCUAAUCUUGAGUUAUUAUAUGUUGGUCAGACAACACUUCAUAUAUUCCCCACCUAAUAUGCCUAGUGCUAGGCAUAAUGAAAGUUGUAGCCUAACACAGUAUUGGAUGCAAGGUUUAAAACUAUUUCUGUUAAGUUUAUGUAUUAGAUUAUCUUAACUUUUUUUCUAGUACAUAGAUAGCCUAGAAAUACAACAUAGUCUUCCUCUUUCUUGGAGAGUAAAGUGCUGCCGCUGUUUAGGAAUCUUCCUAAUGCUAUUCCCAUAAUCAUCCUUUGAUGAUAUGUAACCUUAUGAUAUUAUAGAAAUUUUAAAACUUGCAGAUAAUCUGUGUUGAAUAUUAAUUCUAGAGAACUGAAAAGGAUGCAAGGAUCAUCCUUGUACUUACAAUUUCACUUUAUUAAUUUAGAUGCAUAUGCUCAGCAGUAUUUGAAAAUUUUCAAUACUUUAUGUUAUCUGCCAUAUAAGAAAAACAAAACAAAAGAACACAAAGCUAUACCCCAAGGUCAGUAUUUGUGAAUUAUGCUGGGUCUUUUAGAUCAAAACUGCUGUAGAAAUUUAAAUUCUUAUUUAUUUCAGUGUUAAUAUAUAGUUUUAUUAUACAUAAUAUUGAUUUCUAAGAAGCCAAGGGCAAGGUAAAAUUAAGCAUUCCCAAAUUAAACAUCCAGUUGUUUGUGGAUGUCAGUAUUUAACACUGAAAUUUGAAAUUGUUCCAUUUAAUGUAUUUCAAAGUACAAAACCUGAUUAGUGACUUAUAAACUCACCAACUCCUCCUUUGAUCUGGAGAGAAAAGAAUAUAAAUGCUUUCUUUUUUUUUAAUCUGACUAUCAAUAGUUACAAUUAUUUCUAACUGGUACAUAUACUAGAAAAGAUUGCAGUUUUUAUAUACCCUCUAAGUAAAACCAGUUUCACAUAGACAUUUUAUGGUAUGGUGGGCUAAAUUUUUCCAUGCCAAUUAGAUUCUCAGUGUGAAUGUUUAAUAGUGAUUAAGAAAAUAUAUCAGGUAUUAAUCCAAAUGGAGCAGCUGCCUCUCUGUUUUCCUUCCAAGUGGUAUGUUUCAUCCAAACCAUUUAAUUAUAUGAGGGUGAAUUGUACCAAGAGUUCUGCCUUCUACAGACAUGCCAUUCUUAAGACUGGAGGAAGAUUCUUAUUGGCUUGCUCAGGGGAUAAGAGUGCCAGGUUUUUCAAAAGCAUUUUAGCACUUUGUAGGAUGGCAAAGAUGAUAAAUCACCAAGUAAUAAAUCUAUGAAAUAUGACCUAGAUCCUUCUACACUUAAAUGAUUGCAAUCAUAUCUUUGUGCCUAGAGCUUCCAUUACUGAAAAUGGCUGAUGAGGCUCCCUCUGUUUCUAUUUGCAAUGGGAAGUUUACAUAGGGAGGCUUGGUCUUUUGAUUGAGGCCAUUGCAUCUUUUUGCCUAGUUCUUUUCAGAGUGUUUUAGACUGGCGUUCUCAUCAGCAACAUUAACGUAGUGUCGAGCCAAAUUAUCAUCAUGCUAUCAAAAAUCUUGUAGUUUUAGCAGAAAAAGAAAAUUAUGACCUUGCAGUUUCCAGUAAUUAUUUCUACAAGUGGAGGCAGUUCUGCAAUUUUACAAUAGGAGAUUUUAAUCCACGCAGCAAGCAGAUUGAGCAUUUGUGUGUGUGUGUGUGUGUGUGUGUGUGUGCAUGUAUGCGUGGAUGCAUACACACAUAGUCAUCAAGUUUUGGCAGCCAUUUUCUAUCAUCUAGAAUAGAAUCAUUUAUCUUUCCUAUUUAUUUAAAUGAAUGCUUCUGUCAUAUCCCACAGUUAGGACACUAAAACUGGUCUAGCCAAGAUGCAAAGGCACUUGUUAUCAUUAGCUGAUGAGAGUCCUCUUCAUCUAGUUAAGGUACUGAAAUAAAAUCCUUUGUGGUCUUUGAGAUUGCUUAGGAAUUCGAACUGAUCUAAUAGAUGUAGCUUGGAUGGGAAAUAACCUGUUAUUUCCUAAAGAACGACUAUUUAUUAAUUUCCUACAAGUUUCUCCUGUUAUAAAUCUCUCUCCAUUCUACAUGUCUCGGUUGUGUUUUUUUUUCCAUAGCUAGAAUAUGCUGUAGUGCUAGCAUUAUAUGUUUUGUAAUUAUUUUUGCACAAGGGCAAACAUUUAGUUUCGUGAGGUAUUUUCUUUUUAUAAUUCUAUGACCAUGCCAAAAUAAUAUUCUGCAGGCUGGCAGAGAACAAAGGACUGUUCUUUAGGACUGAAACUUGAUUUUACUCGUACUACAAAAACACACACUCACAGAUGUUGUUUAGUAAGUGUAAUAAGCACUGGAUAUAAAUGGUAUUUUUUAUCACUUCUAACUAAUGUGAAACUGUUGUACAAAAAAAAAAAAACGACAUGAACAAAAGUCAUCUGUUUCGACUCGUGUGGGCCUGCCUCACAGUUGCCGGAUUUGAGUCAUUUUUUUUAUGUCUUGUUAUUUCAUUUAUUUAUGCAAGAUUCUUAUAUGUAUGAAUACUUUGUUUGAGCUCCAGUCCUCCAUCUGUGUUGAUGAUCUGUAACUUAAAUUUGUGUUCUUGACGUUGAUUGGCUCUUCAUGAAUCAACAGAUGGUAGAGUGUGACUUAUUGGACAGGUUUUGAAUUUAAAAUUUGCAGUAUCAGUGUAUGAUAUUUAUUAGCCUAUACUGGCUCUAAAGUAUCUAUAAAAAUCAAGGAAGGACAAUCGUUGGGAAGCAAAAAUAUUUUUUCUUUUUUAAAAUUCAUCAUUGGAGCUCAAAACAAGGUUCUUGAGUAGUCACCAUCUCAUUUAAGAUUUUUUAAAAAUGUGUAAAUAUAACAUAGAGAUAGAAUUUUAUUUUUUGUUCAUGGAUACUUAGCUAUAUAUAAGUUAUGUAUUUACUUUUGUUCUGUAUCAGUGUACAUUGGUCCAUAUUAAAUGCUGACAAAUCACUGUACCUCAUGUAGAUUUUAUGCCUGCAGUGUGGCAGCAGUAUUGUGGACCUGUAGCUAAGCUGGCUAGUUGCCUCCCUUGUCCCCUCCUUCAAUCUGAAUCCCGUAUAAUAAACACAAAAUACUUCAGACAUUGCACCUGCUUAUAAAAUAACAAUCUCAUAUUUACUCUGUAGUAGUGGCAUUAUAGUUUGGCAGAACAGUAAAACAUUUGUCCAAGAAUUAUAACAUAGCCAGUUGUUUCUUAGUAUUUCUUCAUUAGCAAAUGAGAGCAUAGGACAUGAAGUACAACUACAUAUUUUGGGCAUUCUAGCAGUCUGUGAUUCUAGUUCAGGUGACAAAAGUGAUGAUUUCUUACAUCCUUAUUUAGCUCUGUAGGACAAGGCAAACUUAGGUCUCAUUUCUUUCAAUUAAGCUAAAGAAUCUUGGUCAAGUGUAUGAUGUCACAAUUCUUUGACAUCAUACACUUUGACUAUCUUUGCCAAGAUAGUCUGAGUAGCAACUGAUCCUCCCCCAAAGUCUACCCUCCAAUUUAAUUGAGAUUAUAUUUAAACCAACUUUAAAAACAGAUUGUAAAGGAGACAGUUUUCUUGUAAUUUGCUUCAAGCAAACCUGAUGGACAUCCUUGGUUCUUUCUUUGAAAGCAACCAAUGUGACCUAUGUUGUCAAUAGGAAAACAAAUAAAUAAGAAAGCAAAUAAAUAAUCAAGUUUGUUUGAUUAAUCCAGCCUUUUAAAGUAAGUAGUUCCAGUUGUUAAUAUAACAUAGAUUUUUUUUUAAAAAAAUCUGUGUUUGGUGUAAAACAGUAUUGGCUUGUCAAAAUAGAACUGUAGCAUUUAUAAUUCUUCAUUAAAAUACAAAAGGGCAGUAAUAAUUUUCUAUUGUCCAAGAUAAUGCUUAUUUAAAAUGAAUGUGAUGCCAUGCACUUAGAUUGUUAGAGUAACUGUACUUUGCAAACACAAAGUUUAAUAUUUAACUUUCAAGGGAAGACUUCUGACAUCUUUUGUUGACAAUUGAAGAAUAUUGUUUAAAAGGUAUAACCAAACCAUUCAACUUGACAUGAAUAAAAUAACUGAAACACAGUUUCACCGGGUUUAUAAAAGGACAGAAAGCAGCUGCAAUGGAAAUGUCUAUUUCUUAGAAUACACAGUAUGAGUUGCAGGCUUAUAUUAAGGCAUUUAAUCCACCACCCCAACAAUGUAGGCAGCAGAUUGCUGGAGAAAGAGUUAGGCAAUGCUGUUGGCAUUUUUAAAAAUGGAAAGUCUAGGCUUAGGGUUGGAAUAUGUACAUUAUGGCUCUGCAUGCUUUAAAACUAAGAAAUCAUUUGGACCCCUAUAAGCCUGGCCUUCUCUGUACAGGAAAGCAGCAGCUUCUUCUUGUUGUUGUUAAAUCUUUCAUUAUAUUCUGAAAAAAAGAUGUUGCUGCUUUAAAGAGAUGUAUUAAAGUUAAUGCAACUCUUAUGGCAGUGGAUUUUUUUUCAGGCUUGCAUGGAAGCUUGGAAAAAUUUGAGUUCUGAGGUGCUUGGCAAAGUCCAGGGACUUUUUCAGAGUCAUUUUCCAAGUGUCCACAGGCAGGACUUGUGUACAACCAAUUCAUUUGCUUUGCUGUUCAGUAGCAAUCGCUGUCUUCUGUUAUAUAAAUAUAUGAUGGUAUGCUAAUACCAUAGUCAUCAAGAGGCAGUAUAAGAAGGAAGGAUGAGAUUAUGAUGGGACAACAUUUAUACUCUGGUGUUCACUCUGUAUGAAUGAGUGUGAUUGUUAUUUACAAUAAAUACAAAACCAGUUUUACAAGGACAGCAGUAACUUGAAAACAUGAUUGUUUGAAUAAUUGUGUAAAUGAAACAAAUGAUUUUGUAAAUGCAAGCAUCACUUGAUACAUUGUUAAAGCCUGCUCUUGUUGUAUCUUCUGCUGCUUUUCAUCUAAUUUACUAUUAAUUUCUACUUCACUACAAAUAUUUUCCCAGUAAAAAAUGCCAAUGAUCCAGUAUAGAAAAACAAAAUUAAAGGGGAAGCCCAUGGUAUAUUUCAGAGUAGGUAGAUGAAGCUUUAGCAAAACCUUAUACAGUAUGUAUAUCUGGAUAGGAUUGUCAGUGCCAACAACUGCUCAGAAAUGCAGCUGGUAGAAUGUAUUAGAGUACUUAAUAUUUUCAAUUGAAAAAAAAUAGUCGCUCAGAACUUCUCUUCAUUGCAUGCGUGUUUAAAGAUUGAAGUUGGCACUUAAGCAUGACUUUAAAAAAAAAACUAACAUGUGACCUCAAUUGAUGUUUUUAAAAACAUAAAAGCACUUACGUACUCUGUUUCUUAAAAUCAUUUUACUUCACUUUCUUUUCUCUCUCCUCCACCUUUUACUACCUUCUUUGUUCCCUGAAUUUUUUUGCUAUUGCUGUUUGCUGGUUGAUAUAUUGUAAUACUGUGAUCCCACAUUAGAAAGGAAAAGAAUAUACAGAAUUUUUUUAAAUAGCUAGAUUUCUUUGUCAUUGGAUUUUAUACCCCCCCUUUUUUAUAACACCCCAAAUUAAUUUUUGGAAGCUGAGGGAAAGUAUUCAGAGGGAGCUCACUGGUGUAAAGAGAAGAGUGGUUUUAGCAUGAGUGUAAGAAAAUGCUACCCAAUUGGUGUUUAUGACAAUAUGAAAGUUCUAAAAAAGUUCAGUGAUCUGCUUGCUUUAUAACUUCUGCUUUCUUAGGAAACCCCAAGUGAGGUCUUGAUCCUUUCAAAAGUUUGGGGAAUGUGCAACUGUUUGUAUACUGCACAUUGCAGUAUUGCUAGUCCACAUUCUCCAUUGGUCUUCCUGUCAUUUGUGUUUUGCUUUCUCAAAAGCACAGGUUUUUUUUCCCCUCUGUCUUCUCCUACCUUUCAUUGGCCUGUAGCAAAUGUUAGAAUGUUUAAAUAUUUCUAUUCAUUAUUGUAUUUGCCAUGUACAAAUGUUUCAUUACCCUAAGACGAGCUUAUAAGCUGUUACUUACUGUAACCCAUUUUCUUUCCUGACAUUGUGAUGUAUAUUGUGAAAUUGUAUUCUAUGUUAAUUUAAUCAGCACAAUUCACUGACAUGCUGGACUGACAAUGCUAGCUGCUGUUUCAAAGUGUAAAGUUUUGUGUAGAGCUGUUGGGGGGGACCUCAGAGGUUCCCCACAUCAAGGUACUAUGCUUUGGUUCUCUUGGGGGUGGUUCUUUCAAAGCUCUUCUUACACCCCAUAAGUCCAUUUUUAAACUGGUAGAUUUUCUUGUACAAAUUCUUUACAGAGUGCAGGUACCUACCUGAGCCCAGGGCUGGUAAUGAUUUGGGCAUGUAAAGGAAAAAAAAAACCUAGUGUCUAUUGCUGCUUUGAAUAUGUUUUAAAAGUCUGAAAAUGUAAAUAGUUUAUCAAAAAAAGGAAAAAAAAUCUUGUACAGUCCAGUGUAAAGUUUUUAAAUGAACUGAAAAGGUUGCCAUCGCAUCUCUCACACACUCUCCUCUUGAAGCAGUUUGAAAAGACAACCAAGCUUGCUAAGGAUUUUGAUUUUUUAAAAAAUAAAAAUAUCUGGACUCUUAAUUUAAGAGGGAAAAAUCAUUCUUAGCUUUGCUUCAUAGCAUAAACAGACUUAUUGGAUUUUGUUGUGCAGUAUUGACGUGAGGUAAAUUAAAUAUUAAAUAAUUUUUCAGUGGUACUUUUAAGAAUCUUCUCUGCUUCAGAAUUGAAUAGAAAAGACAAAAUGGAAAGACGCUUUCUUUAUAUCAUAUAUUCUGGUGUAUGCUGACACCUUACUUACAUCUUUGUGAGGAUAUUUGUUUCUUCCUCCUCUUCCUCUUCUUUCUCUUCCUCCUCCUCUUCUUUUUCCCCUUCUUCCCCUUCUCUCCUUCCUCUUCCCCUUUUUGCACAAGGUGCUUUCCUGAUAUGUUUAACAUGUCAUCAUUGGGUGAUGCCAUAUACGCCAUGAUAAGGGGAUCUGACCCUUCAGGGGAGUGUCUAUAUGACUGCCUAUUUAUGCUCAUUUACCUCAAGACUGUCCUCUCUGCCCUUAAAUCUAUUCACCAUCACUCCAUAUUUUGUACUGCUGUUGACACUUACAGAUUAAAGAUAAAUUUUGUUUUA